AUGUUCGAAGGGUUCGGAGAUGCCCACAUCUUACUCCCCUCGACACCAGCGAUCGACUAUGACUUCUUCGUGCCGCCGCAUGUGACCCCUUGCGGACCCAUCAUUCAGCCUCAUGUGCCUCUCGUUGAAACCGACCCGAUGCUCCAUGCUUGGUUGCACCUAGGUCCCACAGUGUUGAUCAAUUUUGGCUCUCAUAUUGUGGUCGAUCGGUGUCUAGCUACCGAAUUCGCUCUUGGUAUCAAGACUUUGCUCGACCGUCGGCCAGAUGUUCAGAUCCUAUGGAAGCUGAAAACGAAUGUCAAUCUUGGAGAUGCUUUGAGCGUGAUAGCUCAUGAGAUCAAGGAGAAGCGAGUUUGGAUAGAGCCAUGGCUGCCCGCACAACCUAUUGCAAUCCUUACAGCAGGCAAUGUUGUUUGCAUGGUUCACCACGGAGGUUCCAACUCAUACCAUGAGGCAAUCCUGUAA